AUGUGGGCAGUCAGGGGUGGAAAAGUCCCUUAUGCUGUGUGAGAAGAUCCAGCUGAGAGAGCUGUUUACUCGGUGCUUUGUGCUGAACUGUGUGACUGGAGCUGUGUGUGGGAUAUUGUGUGUGUUUAUUGGAAACAUUUCCCUCUGAUUUCCAGGCUGAGGAUUGUUGAUGCUUCAUUCCUGAAUAUGAGAAGAAGGUUUCACUGUAUGACACUGGAGAAUACAGAGAAAACAGACACUGCAGAUAUCAUGCAAGGAACAACUGCACAACUAUUGGGAGACAUCCAGGCCCCUUCACAGCAUAGCGCAACACAGCAAAAAUUGUUCAAUAAAGCCAUCAUCUGAAAAUCAGUUGCAUCAGGAGAACUUUAGCUUAUCGUGAGAUCUGAUAUUGGUCAGUGGUGUGGAGCCUUCCAUCAGGAACAACCUUUCUGAAGGUUUGGCACGGACGCAUUAAUUCUGGGGAGAUAACAUUCGUAUCUUGAGAGUUUAUUGGAAUUUUCACAGACCAUCAGAACUGCUGAACAACUAAUACAUUCACAUGGGGGAAAAAGCAUUCACAUGUGAUGUGUGCAACAAAUCAUUGUCAUCGUCAUCAACCUUCCUCGUCCACCAACGUAUUCACACAGGGGAGAAGCCAUUCAAAUGCAGGCAGUGUGGUAAAUCAUUCUCCCAAUCAUCAAAGCUUCGUGGACACCAACGUGUCCACACAGGGGAGAAACCAUUCCGAUGUAAGGUGUGUGACAAAUCAUUCUCACAGUCAGAAUACCUCCAUACACACCAGCGUGUCCACACAGGAGAGAAACCGUUCAGGUGUGAGGUUUGUGAUAGAUCAUUCUCACAGUCAGGAUACCUCCACGUUCACCAACGUAUUCACACAGGAGAGAAAUUAUUCAAAUGUGAGGUGUGUGACAAAUCAUUCUCACAAUCAGGUAACCUCCGCUUACACCAACGUAUUCACACAGGACGGAAAUUGUAUAAGUGCCGGAUGUGUGAUGCAUCAUUCUCACAAGCAGAAGUCCUCCACAGUCACAAAAGCAUCCACAUUGCAGAGAAACUGUUUAAGUGUGAUGUGUGCAAUAAAUCAUUUCCAAGUUCAUCAGGACUUCUGAUCCACCAGAGAAUCCAUACAGGGGAGAAACCAUUCCGAUGUGAGGUGUGUGACAAAUGCUUCUCACAGUCAGGACAGCUGCAUGUACACCAUCGUAUUCACACAGGAGAGAAGUUGUUGAAGUGUGAGCUGUGUGACAAAUCAUUCCCCACUUCAUCGAGAUUCCUGCUCCAUCAGAGAAUUCACACAGGGGAGAAACCAUUCCGAUGUGAAGUGUGUGACAAAUCAUUCUCAUCAUCAUCAAACCUCCGCACACACCAACGUGUCCACACUGGAGAGAAACCCUUCAGUUGUAAAGUGUGUGACAAACCAUUCUCUCAGUCCGGAUAUCUGCGCGUACACCAACGUAUUCACACAGGGGAGAAAUUGUUUAUGUGUGAGGUGUGUGACAAAUCGUUCCCCACUUCGUCAGGACUCCUGAUCCAUCAGAGGAUUCAUACGGGGGAGAAACCAUUCCGAUGUCAGGUAUGUGAAAAAUCAUUCUCACACUCAGGAAACCUCCGCUUACAUCAACGUGUCCACACAGGAGAGAAACCAUUCCGAUGUGGGGUAUGUGACAAAUCAUUCUCACAGGCAGGAUACCUCCGUACACACCAACAUAUUCAUACAGGAGAGAAACCCUUCAGGUGUGAAGUGUGUGACAAAUCGUUCACACAGGCAGGAUACCUCCGCAUACACCAAAAUGUCCACACAGGAGACAAAUUGUUUAAGUGUGAGGUGUGUGAAAAAUCAUUCCCCACUUCUUCGAGACUUCUGUUCCAUCAGCGGAUUCAUACAGAGCUCACACAGGAGAACUGUCUUUCCAAACCAUUGUCUGUCUCAGCAAAGCCUGCCUCAAACCUCUCCCACCAUCUGGCCAAUAAUUUUAAGAAGAUCAAUGCAUCUUUGACCAGAUCACCAAACAUCACCAGACGAAGGGUCCUGCAGAGGAUCACUUCAAGUAUAGAAGUUUCUAAUCAGCUCACUGCAGGAUGUUCAGUGGGACUGGGACACAGAACAAGAAGCAGCUUUCACUCCCAUCAAACAACUAGUGAUGACAUCACCAGUGCUGAGGGAUUAUGAUGUCAACAACAGAGUCACCCUGCAGUGUGAAGUCAGUAAAAGAAGGACUUGGAGUAACCCCAAUGCAGUGAGGACAACCCAUUGUGUUUGUAUCAAGAGUGUUUACACAAACUAAACCAUUUUCUACACUGAUUCAGAAAGAGAGACUGGCUAUUGCCUUUGAUCAUGAACAUUUUAAACAGGAGUUGUUUGGGAGAGGGAAAGUGACAGUUUUGUCUGACCACGGGAUAAUUCAAAAUGUGCUUCUAAAACCACUACUGCAUUCUCCAAAGUAGUUGCAUAGGAUGUUACUGUUAUGACCAAGAUCUCUAGUCCCACUAGUCCCGCUUUACCCGGUACCUGAUAUGUUGAAUUGUAUUCUUUCUGUACAUUUGAUUGGCAAUAAAAAUGAUCCAUGAACCAGGUGAA